AUGGCGAAUCGAACAAAUAGAGCUUUGGAAUAUUACAAUGAUUAUAUCGACUGUACACAAAACUUACCAUUGGACAUACAGCGGCACGUAACGCAAAUGCGUGAAUGUGAUUUGGAGUACCAAGAAAUGAUGUCAAAGAUCAGAGAGUUGACAGACAAUAUGGACGGUUCUAUGUCUACAUUAAAUUCUGAAAAAUUGACAAAGCUAUUAGUAACAGGUUUAAAUCUAGGGGAUAAAAAAGUGCAAACAGUUCAACAUAUAUCUGAUUUGGUAGAUGAUAAAGUCAGACGCUUGGAAAAUGGUAGGAAAUAUUUGACCUCUUCUAAGGAACCUGAUGCUCCCAAACCAAGUAUCAAAGAAAAACCAGAGAGCAGUAAUUGUUCCAAAGAUCGAUGCUUACCUAGCACUAGUACUAGUACUGUUUCUAAAGAACUCAAGAAACGCAACACUGAUAAUGAUAGUAACGAAUCUAACAAUGAUGCAAAACUUGCAAAACGGCCCAGACGCAACAGAGCCGAUGAGCCAGAUUACAAAGAAAUUUCAGAUGAUGUGGUGGCAUUGACAGCUUCACAACAUUCCAACACACCUUUGCCAAGAGCCACAGCAACAGCUCAAGUACAAUCUCAAGUCACAUUGAAAAAAGCAACUCAAAAAACAGAUGCAAAAACCAAAAAGAAGGGAAAAUAUAAGAAACAACAGAAGGACAAUUCACCAUCAUUGGAUGAUGAUGAUGAUAUAGCUGUCGAUCCAGAUGAACCAACCUAUUGUCUUUGUGAUCAGAUUUCAUACGGAGAGAUGAUAUGUUGCGAUAAUGAUUUAUGUCCAAUAGAAUGGUUUCAUUUUUCAUGUGUUUCAUUAUCGACAAAACCAAAAGGCAAAUGGUUUUGCCCCAAGUGUCGUGGAGAUCGUCCAAAUAUAAUGAAGCCUAAAGCGCAGUUUCUCAAGGAACUUGAACGAUACAAUAAAGAAAAAGAGGAUAAAGCUUAA